UUUGACAGCUGCCGGCAGCAUCAUCGGUGCAGCGCGUUGUUUACAAACAUUUUGUUGGUGUAAAGAGAAACAGUACAAAUUUUCUUCAUUUUACUUGAGAACUACGUUGAAAGAUUAUUAGUUUACGUAGUGCAAUCUUCGAAGAUGAAUAUGUUAACACACUUUGGUCCGGACUCGGGUGGCCGAGUUAAGGGACUAACCAUAGUAAAGCCGGUGGUGUACGGCAAUGUGGCCCGUUCGUUUGGCAAAAAGCGGGAAGAAGACGGCCACACGCACCAGUGGACGGUGUACGUGAAACCGUACAAAAACGAAGAUAUGCAAUCGUAUGUGAAAAAGAUACACUUCAAGCUGCACGAAAGCUACGCGAACCCGAACCGCAUCAUCACGAAACCACCAUACGAAGUGACCGAAACCGGGUGGGGCGAGUUUGAGAUAGUGAUCAAAAUUCAUUUUCACGAUCCUACCGAACGGCCCGUCACGAUGUACCACAUCCUGAAGCUGUUCCAAUCGCCCAUCCUGGACGGUGAGGUUUCGUCGCAGAUCGAGGGUAAGAAGGGGCUGGUGUCGGAGCAGUACGAGGAGCUGGUAUUCCAGGAGCCGACGCAACUGAUGCAGCAACAGCUGACGAAUGUGAAACCUGUAACCAGUGGCAUCUGGAAGCAUGAUACGGAUUUUGAGGAGAAAAAGGUACAGGCGCUGGAAAAUAUAAUCGAAACCAAGGCGAAGGUAAUAUCGGAAAUUGCACUGCUGAAGGAAAAAUUGAAACUUGCCCGAGAAACGAUAGCAAAGUUUAAAACCGAAAUGACCAAGGUGCAAGGACAGCAAGCCGCCGCAUAAAGAUGGGUCAUGGCCAUUUCUAGAUUGAUUGCUAGAGGAAAGGGAAUCUAACGACGAAUGCGUGCUUUUGUAAGAUGGUAUGAGAAAUAGGAUGUUGAGCAUUUGUUCAUUACGACUGACAAAGCGGAGAUGUUGAACCAACAUCCUUAUUCUCCCAAUCCCGUGUGCUGCUAAGGGCACGUUUUUUGGUCUAAGCUAGGAGAGGACGUCAAGGCUCUUAGUGACCCGGGCAGUACACAUUGUCGAGGACCGGAGCGAGCGAGCGAGAUCGCUCGAACGUUUCUUCUAAUUGUCGGAGAAUUUAAAUUUUAAACUUAAGCCAAUUUGAAUAUAAAAGUAAUUAAGAACACAAACG